AUGAAAUUAGUACGGUUUUUAAUGAAUAUACCGAAUUCAACUAAUCAACCAAUAACAGUAGAAUUGAAGAAUGGUAAUAUCGUCAAUGGUACAUUAUUAUCAUGUACACCUACAAUGAACCUAAAUUUAAAAAACGUAAAACUACAACAAUUAUAUCAAGAUCCAAUACUACUACAAUUCAUAAAUAUAAGAGGAAAUCAAAUAAGACAGAUUUUAUUACCUGAAGAAUUAAAUAUUGAUCAUGUCUUACAAAAAUCAGAAACUAAAAUAAAAGGUCAUGGAGCAGGUCCCAGUGCAAAACCAAUGAAAAGAGGUGGUAGUAAUCUCAGAGGGAGAGGAAGAAUUAGGAAUUGA